CCGUGGGAUCGACCCCCCGAAGUGGCACAAUCUCAAACACACAAAUAAGAGAGAGAAAAAGCGAGAAGAGAGAGAGAGAGAGAGAGAGCUCUUGCGCUCAGCUCCGUUCUUCUUCAUCUUCUUUAAUGGCGGCCACAGCUCGAGCUUUCGUUCUCUCUCGCUUCACGGACCUAUCUCUCAGGCCUCGCCAACCUCCCCAACCACCUCCACCACCGCAUCGCCUAACGAGAACUGCGUUUCCGUUCUUGCAGCGGCAUCGUUUCGCGAAGGCUAAGGUUUUUUGCCUUAUCUCCGGCGUGGACGGCGGCGGAGUCUCCGACGAGUUCGUUUCGACGAGGAGGUCCAGCUUUGACCGCGGCUUCUCGGUAAUCGCCAAUAUGCUCAAGCGGAUAGAGCCAUUGGACACGGCGGUUAUCUCCAAGGGCGUUUCUGAUUCAGCCAAGGACUCGAUGAAGCAGACGAUCUCAACCAUGCUAGGUUUGCUCCCGUCCGAUCAGUUCGCCGUGACGGUUAACGUUUCUAAAGGCCCUCUCGAUCGCCUUCUAGGGUCUUCGAUCAUUACCGGGUAUACACUGUGGAACGCGGAGUACCGAAUAUCUUUGAUGAGGAAUUUUGAUAUUCCGAUGGAGAAUUCGGAGAACUUGAAUCGGUCGAAGAAGCAGGGAGCUUCCGAAGGGCAGGAAAUUGAGGAUAAGGACAGUGAAAGAGGUUUCGAAACGAGUAUCGAAGAGUUAGAGACAACAAGUCCUCAGGUUUUCGGGAACCUAUCUCCUGAAGCUUUGAACUAUAUUCAACGGUUGCAAUCAGAGUUAUCCGUCGUCAAGGAGGAACUGAAUGCUCGAAAGCAGGAAAAUUCACGAAUAGAAUUUAGCAGAGAACAUAGGAAUGAUCUGUUGGAUUAUCUACGGUCAUUAGAUUCUAAUAUGGUGACAGAACUGUCCAAGCCAUCCUCGAUAGAGGUAGAGGAAAUAAUUCACCAGCUUGUUCAAAACACAUCGCAGAGAUUCUUCAAAGAUGAUGGUGAAGCAAAUUUUAUGGGAGAGUCUGUCCCAGGGAACAGAGAAAACUUCCCUGUUGUCAAUGAUGAAUCUUGCAACACCAUAGGCACCUCACGUGAUUACCUAGCGAAGCUGCUUUUCUGGUGUAUGCUAUUGGGUCAUCAUUUAAGAGGCUUGGAGAACAGAUUACACUUGAGUUGCGUUGUUGGAUUGUUGUAAAGAGAGAGAGAAGAGAGAGUGGGAAACUUGUAUAUUCUACACCCUUUUCUCCUUUUUCUUCUUUUUUGUAUCCAUGCCAAUGCUUAUUUAUAUUGCUAUAUAUUUCUUUUUAAUCUAAAGUGAAACAUUCGAGUUUA